CACAGUCCUGCAGGAGAAAGAACAGCAAGGCUUUCUCAGACAUGAACAAUAUAGAAACUCAAAACGAACUAAAACACACCACCAACCAGCCAAAACCUGAAGAUGGUGUUGGGAAAUAAUUAUUUUUGAGGAAAAAGCCAACGGGAACCCAUCUGACCAGCUCAGAAAGAAUAAGAGGAUUUAAUCAAGGGAAGAGUGAGAGGAAGGAGCGAAAGGACAGAGAGAAGAAGAAGACGGACUUACUGCUCCAAGGGAAGUCAUUGAGUGGAUGCUGCCAUACUCAGUGUCAGGUUUCACAAAAUGAGAAACCACCACAGGAGCGCUUCUGCAGGGCUCAAGCAACCAAGCAAGGAUGCCAGCUGCUAGCAUCAUGACCGGUGGGAGAGCUCUGCUGCUCUGUACAAACACAGAGAACUGCAUCUACCAGUCAGUUAACGGGCUCCAGUGCUGUGGCUUGCAGUUUGUAGACACUCAGUCUGUGGUGUGCCAGAGGCCAGAACUGUGCAGGGUUGUGGACAGCCCGUCCCCCCUCACAUCCCUGGACAACCUCGACUGCUGCCCAGGGAACACCGCCAUGCUCGCCCACAAGAGACCAACCAGCAGUCGUCCUGUUGAGAACGGCCUGGGGAGCUGCAGCAAGCCUCCCAGGACUCCCACAGGGGUCAAGAGCACCGCCAGCAUUAGAGACAAGAUCUCCCAAUGGGAGGGCAAAACGGAGAAUGCUGGACCAAACCAGCAGGCAGCUGUUCAGAAAGAGCCUGAAAGUGUGAGGAAGAAAGACGUUAAAGCUACAGAGGUGCAAAGGAGAGACAGUAAAAGAGGUUGUAGCUGGGAGAGACAGGAUGCUGGCAAAGAGAAUGGGAACAGGUUUGGAGAUUCAAGGACACCGUCUGAGGCAUGUACAAAGGAAAGAGAGGUGAUAGUAGACAAAGUGCCUGUGGGGAAAACAACAGAGAAUGUCCAGGACAAAAAGUCAGUUUUGACGCACAUUAAGAAACUUGAGCAGGCCAUGAAGGAGACCCCUUCAAAGCCUUCUUUACCAGGCAAUUAUUUCUGUCCGCCUUCUAAAGAGGAGCAGGAGGAAACAGAGAAGAAAGCUGCAGAACCCAUCUUUGGGACUUUGGACGUAGUGAGGACCGGGAGCCGUCGUGGCCGACACAGAGACCCUGAGAACGUGUACACUGAACCUGGGGCUCCCUCCAUUAACCCUCUCCCCAAACCCCAACGUACAUUUCAGCACCACACUCAAACAAACACCCCAGGACCACCCCAAGCCUCACUGAAAGGUCGGCGGAAUCUGCCACCUUUGCCCUCCAUACCCCCUCCACCACUACCUUCUUGCCCUCCACCUCCUGGGGUCUGUCGGAGGCCAUGGGCGGAACGAGCUCGAGACAGCAACAACAGGAAGUCAUAUGAGUUUGAGGACCUUUUGCAGUUAUCCACUGAGGGCUGUGGAGUGGAUUGGUACGCUCAGUCAAAGCUGGGGCUCACACGCACUUUAUCUGAGGAGAACGUCUAUGAGGAUAUCCUAGACCCUCCAUCAAAAGAAAACCCUUAUGAAGACAUAGAGUUAGAAAACCGUUGUCCUGGAAGCAAAUGUGCUGUGCCCAUGUCACCUUCCUCACCCACUCCAGACACCACAACUAAGCUUUCCUCCAAGCCUGGCUUCUUCAGGCAGAACUCAGAACGGCGCAGCUUCAAACUGCUAGACCUGCGCAAGACCAACAGAGAUGGGGGUAUAGCGUCACCACCAAGAAUAAGCCCACCUUCAACCCCCAGCAGCCCUGAUGACACGCCCUGCCUCUCAGGAGACCCCUACAACCGCAGACGAAGGAAAAUCCCCAAGAUGGUGCUGAAGAUCAAUGGCAUCUUUGAGGCCAGGAGGGGGAAGAAGAGGAUGAAGCGGGUCUCGCAGUCAACUGAUUCCAGCUCAGGACGAGUGACAGAUGAAAACAGCGAAUCUGAGAGCGACACAGAAGAAAAACUGAAAGCUCACAGCCAGAGGCUGGUGUCAGUGCAGUCCAUGCUAAAGCAGACGGGCCGAUAUCGCACACUGGAGAGAGACCUGAUGGACCUGCAGGAGAGGAAGCUUUUUGAGUAUUUCCUUGUGGUGGCACUCCAUAAAACCAAAGCGGGAGCACCCUAUCUGCCUGAGGUGACCCAGCAGUUCCCUCUGAAGCUUGAGAGGAGUUUUAAGUUUAUGAGGGAGGCUGAGGACCAGCUGAAGGUCAUCCCCCAGUUCUGCUUCCCUGAUGCAAAAGACUGGGCUCCUGUGGACAAUUUCCCCAGUGAGACCUUCUCAUUUGUGUUGACGGGAGAAGAUGGGAGCAGAAGGUUUGGCUACUGUCGACGCUUACUGCCCAGUGGGAAGGGGAGGCGUCUGCCUGAAGUCUACUGCAUAGUGAGCCGGCUGGGAUGUUUUGACCUCUUCUCGAAGAUGCUGGAUGAGGUUGAGAAAAGGAGGGCCAUUUCUCCUGCUCUGGUUCAGCCCUUCAUGAGGAGCGUAAUGGAGGCUCCUUUCCCAGCCCCGGGCAGAACCAUUACUGUGAAGAACUUCCUUCCAGGCUCAGGCACUGAGGUGAUAGAGCUGUGUCGUCCCUCUGACUCUCGUCUGGAACAUGUGGAUUUCGAGUGUCUCUUCUCCUCUUUGAGUCUACGUCUCCUCUUGAGGGUCUUUGCUUCUUUGUUGCUGGAACGGAGGGUCAUCUUCACAGCAGACAAGCUUAGCACUCUCUCACAGUGUUGUCACGCAGUCGUGGCCCUGCUGUAUCCCUUCACAUGGCAGCACACGUACAUCCCUGUUUUGCCACCCUCCAUGAUGGACAUUGUGUGCACUCCAACUCCUUUCAUCGUUGGCCUGCUAUCCAGCUCUCUGCCACGCCUCAAGGAGCUCCCCCUAGAAGAGGUUCUGGUGGUCGACCUUGGCAAUAGUCGUUUCCUACGACAGAUGGACGAUGAAGACUCCAUUCUGCCCCACAAGCUGCAGGCUGCACUGGAGCAUGUUCUGGAGAGGAGGAGGGAGCUCGCCUGUGACAGAGGAGACCUUCCCAACGAGCACUGCUCUCUGAGUGCUGUGGUAUCCGAGGCUUUUGUCCGCUUCUUUGUGGAAAUUAUUGGACACUACUCACUUUUCAUGGGAGGCAGUGAGCGUGAUGAAGAGUCCUCAGCCUCCUCUUCCUCUUCCCCCACACCAUUGUCCUUCCAGCGCGAGGGCUUUCGCAAAGCAGUGUCUUCUAAGAGUCUGCGACGUUUUCUGGAGGUCUUCAUGGAGACGCAGAUGUUCGCAGGCUUUGUGCAGGAGAGGGAGCUGAGGAGGCAAGGACUGAGAGGGUUGUUUGAGGUGAGGGCCCAAGAUUACCUGGAUUCCUUGCCUGGAGCCGAGCAUCGCGGAGUCAACAAGUUUCUGAAAGGUUUAGGACACAAAAUGAAAUUUCUCUCCUCCAAAAAGUGACGUUUCUCUCCACAUUGGGUGGAUGGUGUUCAAGCAACGUGCUGCACACCAAACCAACUCCACAGACUGAUUCUGCAGAGAAGCUGAGCACUCAUGGCAGCACUGAGACUGCAAGGAGAAACCAUAAGCUCAGAAGUAACAUAAAACUGUGCAGACAUAAAGCCAAAAAAUGUUUUUCUCCCAUUUAGAUCCAACCAGUACAACCAUCAUUUUUCACUGUAGACUGGUUGUUGGAUAACAGACCACUUUCCAUACCAUAUUCCAUAAGGCACGAUGAGGAGCUUAGACAUGAAGGUGUGGACCAAAGUUUUUAUUCCUGUGUACAGGUUUCCUUUUUCACAUUUUAAACAUUAUUUGCUUAUAAACGUUUUGUAAGAAAUAGAGUACAACUUCUUCUUAAACAGGGGGCAAUAAAUUAAUUUAUAUUCUUUGUAGAAAAAAGACCUUUAUCAUUUUUUUCUGUUUUCUUUAAAAUCUAAACGAAACAUAAAAACAAGUGUGAGUUUGUUAUGAACUAUUUAUCAUGGUAUAUUCCAAACUUGAGAUUGUUUUGAGCUUCUGAGUAAAAUACCACUGUGAUUGGUCUGUUAUGUUGGGGGAUGAAUGGGGAUAGGAAAAGAAAAAAGAAACCAUUGUUGGCUGGCAUCUGGAAACUGACAGGUUGAUGGAUGCAGUUCCACAGCAGUUAACCUGUCCUGGAUUCUGCACACAAAUCUGAAAAUGUUGGACAAAAUUACACAAUGGACGUGAAUGACAUGUUCUCUCUGUCGUUAUCAAACACCAUCAGAUUUGCCUUGAACUUGAUUUUAAGGACAUGCUGGUCUCCUGUCCAAAAUGUAUCAUAGCUGUGAUUUGACUUGUCUAAAAACUUGCUCACUUUACAUUCAGACUAGUUGCUUUUUGUAAAUCAAGAAUCUUAACAUUCCAGCCCCCCAUCUCUGCCACUGGGGGGCACUACAGAGAGAACUUUGCAUCUUCUUGUGUGGAUUUUUUUUUUGUCAUUCUGUCUAAAAUCAGCAUUUCUGACUUUUUUUGCAGAAUCUUUCAUUUAAAAACUGCUAUACUCCUCCUUUUUGUAUUUCAUUGUUCUGCUGUCAGUUCGGCACUGUAGCAUCCGCUGAACGCUCACUGGCAAUGAACCUAAAACUGGACAGAAGCCCCAGUCCACUAAAAGGCACAAGAGACCAAGUGAAACAAGUCAUUAAUACUUAAAAUGGGUACUUUUCUUUUUCCUUUUUAGUUUUUGACAAGGACAGUUUCAUAGCUGUUACACAUUUUGCCAUGAAGAUCAGUUUGUGAAAAAGUCAUAAUAAUGUAUUAAAUAAAGAGAUUUUCACAGAA